AUGGGAGACAAGACAGCAGCCCGCACCCCGGCAAAGACGCCGUCUACAGCUAAGAAACAGGGACAGGCACCGUCAACGGGCAAGCAGCAGAGCAUUCUCGGCUUCUUUUCUAAGACACCAGCAAGCAGUGCCAAUGCUCCCAAUUCUUCGCCCUCGGUCAAGCCGACACCUUCCCUCAAGAAAGCCAGCUCCUCGCAAUGCCUCCAGGAGACAACCAAGUCCAACUCUGCGCGACGACCACCCGAUGCUACACCUGUCCCCAGCAGUGACGCCCCUGAGCCGACCAGCUCUCAGGAAAACAGAGACGUCAGCACUGCCAAGGCAUGUGUUUUUCUUUUUUCCUAUGCUCUUUCGCACUUCGUCAGCCCUUCCCGAAAGGUCAAAAAAGCCGUCAACUAUGCCGAAUCAUCCGACGAAGAAGACGAGGAGUUCAUCGCCUCAUUGACAUCUCGGAAGAGCCGACAGCGCCGCCCGCGUGCGGCGGUCAUCGACGAGGAUGAUGAGGACACGUACGAGGCAGGCGCCAAUGAAGUUGACGAGGAGGACGACGAAAUGGAAGACUUUGUAGUCUCGGACGACUCAGAUGCUCCAUCCAGAUCGAAGAAGAGGAAACGGCCGGCUGCCAAAACCUCUGCGCCACGGAAGAAGACCACCAACCCAUCGCCGCCUCGUUCAGCUGCUCCAGACCUGGACGGUGACGAGCCAAUGGAAGACGUCCCCCCGUCGACGUCCACCGCACAGAAGUGGAAAUACGACCCUGACAGCAUUGAUCAUGACGAGCCACAGGAGACGGUCGUCAAGGCCCCUCCAGCUGCGAAGAAGCCGUCGUCAACACCCAAACCGAAACCGAAAGCCCACACUCAGGAACCCGAGAAGAGAUAUCCCUGGCUGGCCAACAUCCUGGAUGGCAACAAAAAGCCACCAACCGACCCAGAGUUCGAUCCCACGUCCAUCUACAUCCCACCGGCAGCGGAGAAGCAGUUCUCUGCCUUUGAGAAGCAGUACUGGGACAUCAAGAAGAAUCUCUGGGAUACCGUCGUGUUCUUCAAGAAGGGCAAGUUCUACGAGCUGUACGAAAAUGAUGCAACCAUUGGUCACCAGUUGUUUGAUCUGAAGAUGACAGACCGCGUAAACAUGCGCAUGGUGGGUGUCCCUGAGAGCUCACUCGAUAUGUGGGUCAACCAGUUCGUCGCGAAAGGCUUCAAGGUCGCUCGUGUGGACCAGAUGGAGUCCGCGCUUGGCAAGGAGAUGCGUGAGCGUGACGCAAAGGCCAAGAAGGCGGACAAGAUCAUCCGACGUGAGCUUGCUUGCAUCUUGACUGCCGGCACCCUGGUGGACGGCAGCAUGCUCCAGGAUGAUAUGGCCACAUACUGCGCAGCCAUCAAGGAGUCUGUUGUGGAUGGCAAGCCUUGCUUUGGCAUUGCGUUUGUGGAUGCCGCCACUGGUCAGUUUUUAAUUUCCGAGUUUGAGGAUGAUGUCGACCUCACCAAGUUCGAGACCUUUGUUGCCCAGACAUGCCCUCGGGAACUGGUGCUGGAAAAGUCGCGGCUGUCCACCAAGGCGCUCCGCAUCCUCAAGAACAACACUGCACCUACUACCAUCUGGAACUAUCUCAAACCCGGCACCGAGUUUUGGGAUGCUGAGACGUCGAGGCGGGAACUGGAGUGCAACGGUUACUUCUCCAACGCUGACAACCAGGAGGAAGUCUGGCCGGAGAAGCUCGAGAAGGUCAAGGAGAAGGACCUCUUGAUGUCGGCUCUUGGCGGGCUGGUUCAUUACCUGCGCUUCCUCAAGCUCGAACGGAGCUUGCUCUCGCAAGGGAACUUUGAACCUUACAAUCCAAUCCACCGCAACGGCACGCUCAUCUUGGACGGCCAGACCCUCAUCAACCUCGAGAUCUUCUCGAACACGGCCAACGGUGGCGUGGAAGGAACGCUUUUUAACCUCCUCAACAGGUGUAUUACGCCGUUUGGGAAGCGUCUCUUCCGGCAGUGGGUCUGCCACCCGCUCUGCAACAUCCAGAAGAUCAACGAACGUCUUGAUGCGGUGGACAUGCUCAGCAACGACAAGAGUGCGCUUGCCGAGUUCUCGUCCCACAUGAGUAAGAUGCCCGACCUGGAGCGAUUGAUCUCGCGCAUCCACGCCGGCUCCUGCAGACCUGAAGACUUUGUCCGUGUGCUCGAGGGCUUUGAGCAGAUUGACUACACCAUGAACUUCCUUGGCGCUUUUGGGGGUGGCAAUGGGCUGGUGGACCGGCUCAUUUCUUGCAUGCCCGAUCUCAAAGAGCCCCUUGGUUACUGGGAGACGGCCUUUGACAGGAAGAAGGCUCGCGACAGCAAGGUUCUCAUCCCCGAGCGGGGGAUCGAGGAGGAUUAUGACAACAGCGAAGACGAGCUGAACCGCAUCAAGGAAGAGCUGGCUCAGCUGCUCGAGAAGCAAAAGACGGCCUUGAAGUGCAGGCAACUCAAGUUCACCGACGUCGGCAAGGAGGUGUACCAGAUUGAAGUGCCCAAGUCGACCAAGGUGCCUUCGAGUUGGCGCCAGAUGUCGGCUACGGCCGCUGUCAAGCGGUACUACUUCCGAGAGCUGGAAAGCCUUGUCCGUGAGCUCCAGGAAACCGAGGAGACGCACUCCCAGAUCGUCAAGGAGGUCGCGUCAAGGUUCUUUAAGAAAUUCGACGUUGAUUACGAGGUGUGGUUGCAGGCUAUUCGCAUCAUCUCGCAGCUGGACUGCCUGAUGAGCUUGGCCAAGUCGUCUCUUGCCCUCGGCCUUCCCAGUUGCCGUCCGGAGUUUGUUGAUGACGAGCGGAGCGUCUUGCACUUUGAGGAGCUCCGUCACCCGUGCAUGAUCAACAGGGUGGACGACUUUAUUCCCAACGAUAUCCACCUCGGCGGCGAGCAGGCCAAGAUUAACCUUCUUACCGGUGCCAACGCGGCUGGAAAGUCGACUGUUCUUCGAAUGGUGAGUUCGUUGCUCAAUAUUCUUCUCUGCUCGACAGCUAACAUUUUCCAGACUUGUACUGCCGUCAUCAUGGCCCAGAUUGGCUGUUACGUCCCGGCUGUGUCGGCCAAGUUGACGCCUGUCGACCGUAUUAUGUCUCGUCUCGGCGCCAACGACAAUAUUUUUGCCGCCCAAAGCACCUUCUUUGUUGAGCUGUCCGAAACCAAGAAGAUUCUGGCCGAGGCUACGUCUCGCUCCCUUGUUAUUCUUGACGAGCUCGGACGUGGCACCUCUUCGUAUGAUGGCGUGGCUGUCGCCCAAGCUGUUCUUCACCAUGUGGCAUCCCACAUUGGUUGUGUUGGCUUCUUUGCUACCCACUACCACAGCCUGGCAACCGAGUUUGAGAACCACCCUGAGAUCCGGGCGCGGAGGAUGCAGAUUCACGUCGACGGUGGGAACCGGCGAGUGACGUUCUUGUACAAACUGGAGGACGGUGUUGCAGAGGGAUCGUUUGGUAUGCACUGUGCUGCCAUGUGCGGUAUUCCCAACAAGGUCAUCGAGGAGGCCGAGGUGGCGGCCAAGGAGUGGGAGCACACCAGCCGGUUGAAGGAAAGCUUGGAGAGGGCCAAGACGGGGUGUUACAUCCCUCUCGGAGUGCUGAGCGAUGUGGCAAGCUUGCUCAGGGUUGGUGGUGAGGCAGAAGUGCAGGAGCGGGGGGUGGAGGUGCUGUUGCGAGCCAUUGAGGCGCUUUGA